CCACUCCGAUCUGCCCGGACUCUUCUGUGAGAGGAUCGAACAUCGUCACUUCGGUUAUCUCAAGUAGGCCUACUUCAAAGUUGUUUUAAUCGUGCAAAGCUCUUUGCGUGAUUAUGUUUACAUGUCGCAGGUAACUCGAGACAUCACGCCUUCGAGACUUUUCUUCGUUCUUUUUCUCAUUAUUCUCGUUUCGGAUACUUGGCCGAUGCCCCCUUGUCCCGCUGCAGCAGCACCACCAGGUAGAGCUCGGUUUGGUACCCGGUUCCUCGGCGUGUUGGGGGACUUGCAGAUGCCCAAUAUAAGCUCGGAGGAGAAGCGACACGGUGAGCACUGUUGGAUUUGCCAGCAGCCGCCGAACCAGGGUUUCUUCCUCGGACCAAAACUGCUCCUAACAAACUAGUGGAUGUCUCGCUGCAGACAUGCGUCUUGGAAAAGUCUGCGUCUUGGUUUCGCUAAGCAUUGGGCUUUUCUUCACUUCUCCGGGUCUCAGUAAUCAAGUUGUGCUGCUGGAUACCACCUCAGUGAUCGGAGAGCUAGGAUGGAAAACCUAUCCGGUCAAUGGGUGGGACGCCAUCACGGAGAUGGACGAGCAUAAUCGCCCCAUCCACACAUUCCAGGUGUGCCACGUGAUGGAGCCCAACCAGAACAACUGGCUCCGCUCAAACUGGAUCUUCCGCCAGGCCGCCCAGAAGGUGUACGUGGAGCUUCGCUUCACCCUGCGCGACUGCAACUCCAUCCCUUGGGUGUCGGGCACCUGCAAGGAGACCUUCAACCUCUUCUACCACGAGACGGACGAGACAGACCACGGUGUCAAGUUCAAGGCGGCGCAGUACACCAAGAUCGACACCAUCGCGGCCGACGAGAGCUUCACCCAGAUGGACCUGGGCGACCGCAUCCUCAAGCUCAACACGGAGGUGCGCGAGGUGGGGCCCAUCAGCAAGAAGGGCUUCUACCUGGCCUUCCAGGACAUCGGCGCGUGCAUCGCUCUGGUGUCGGUGCGCGUGUACUACAAGAAGUGCCCCUUCACCCUGAGGAACCUGGCGUCCUUCCCGGACACGGUGCCCCGGGUGGACUCCUCCUCCCUGGUGGAGGUGAGGGGGGCGUGCGUGCAGCACGCCGAGGAGAGGGACACGCCCAAGCUGUACUGCGGGGCGGACGGCGAUUGGCUGGUGCCGCUGGGGCGCUGCAUCUGCAGUGUGGGCUACGAGGAGAUCGACGGCGCGUGCAUCGGUGAGUAG